CAUCAAUUGUUCCUCAAGGUGCCAGAAUUUACACUGAGAAGUUCUCAUGUUCUGGCGAAUCAUACGUUAGAUAUUUGGUAAACGAUGCCGUAAUUCCAAUCCAAACCUGUGCAACAGGUCCCGGAUUUUCUUGUAAAUUAGAUGAGUUUGAAGAGUAUGUCGACGACAAUAUUGGUUGGGAGGACUUUAAUGAAUAUUGUGGCAUUGAACCAUCUGUUCCACAAAGCCUUACCUUCUACUGGGACUACAUGAAUACCACCUACAAUGCUCCACUUGGUGACUUUUAA